CUGCAUCUUGCAAAUAACAAGAACGCAGGCUACGCCGCAUAGUAGGAAGAGUAUCUGUAAAAUAGGCAAUAUCGCACCAAUUGUUGGUAUUGUUCAAAUGUGUGUUCUGGUUCAUUGCACAUAUUCCAUCCUGCUAUGCUUUAUUCGUGGCUACAAAACUUGUUCAGAAAGUAAUUUCGGAAAAGAACAGCUAUUGCAUUAUUUGCAUGCUGUACAUACACAAUGUAGGCUACUGGAAAUGGUGUGCUACAGAAGCCAGAACUUCACUGAUAUGGCUUCUGAUGGAGAAUUUAAAGCACACAGUCCUGGCGAAACCAUUGAAGCUCUUACAAAGGAAGCUGAGGCUUUGAAAGCGAAACUUGAAGAAGAGAGACAAAAGUUAAAUGAUGUUGCAUUAUCCACAGUAGCUGAACGGCUUGAGGUCAUUAAUUAUCUCAAUAUCAAGCCUCGUCGUGUUCUCAAAGGUCACCAGGCUAAAGUGCUCUGCUCUGACUGGUCACCUGAUAAACGUCACAUUGUAUCAUCAUCUCAGGAUGGCAAGAUGAUAAUAUGGGAUGCAUUCACAACAAACAAAGAACAUGCAGUGACCAUGCCUACAACAUGGGUGAUGGCAUGUGCGUAUGCUCCAUCAGGAAAUUUGGUAGCUUGUGGGGGACUGGACAACAAGGUGACUGUAUACCCUUUAAGUCUGGAAGAGGAUGUGUCAACGAAGAAGAAAACUGUAGGAACGCACACUAGUUACAUGUCAUGCUGCACUUUUCCCAACUCUGAUCAACAGAUUCUUACUGGCAGUGGAGAUUCUACUUGUGCAUUGUGGGAUGUUGAGUCAGGUCAGUUGCUUCAGAACUUUCAUGGGCAUGCAGGAGAUGUUAUGGCCUUAGAUUUAGCACCAUCAGAGACUGGAAACACAUUUGUGUCAGGGAGUUGUGAUCGAAUGGUUCUCAUUUGGGACAUGAGAACUGGCCAGUGUGUACAAUCAUUUGAAGGCCAUCAAUCUGAUAUUAACAGUGUCAAGUUUCACCCUAGUGGUGAUGCAGUGGCUACAGGAUCAGAUGAUUCAACGUGUCGAUUAUUUGACCUGCGGGCUGACAAGGAAGUUGCCAUUUACAGCAAAGAGAGUAUAAUAUUUGGUGUAAACUCUGUGGAUUUUUCUGUGAGUGGGCGUCUGUUAUUCGCUGGUUAUAAUGACUAUACUGUCAAUGUAUGGGACUCCUUGAAAUGUAUCCGAGUGACAUUGCUAUAUGGGCAUGAAAACAGAGUGUCUUGUCUUCAGGUGUCACCAGAUGGGACUGCACUUUCUACAGGAAGUUGGGAUUAUACAUUACGGGUGUGGGCCUGAGCUGGGUUCAGGUGUAUAAUGAAGAUAUCAGAUACUUUAGGAUGUUAAGCACUUCCAGAAUAAAUAUUUCUUACUGAAAUAUAUCUGUAUCUUCUCCACUACUCAUUCAUAUUUAACUCAUAAUAUUACUGGAUAUCAUCAUGGUGAUGCACACAAACUGUGAUCUUAUCUGUAAGAUAUUGACUAUGAUAUUUCAUGUUGCAGAUACACAUACUCGUAAUUUUCUCAGUACUAAUAAUAGUGUACAAGUGUAUAUGGGAAGACUGUUAUUUAACUUCAUGCCAUCUAAAUAACUGAGAUGUUUGUGUUAUAAAUUUUACUGAACAGAAAAGUAUAUGAUUUUUGUGCCAUAUUCAUGUAUGUUGACCAUUUUUAAUAUUAUCAUCACCAUCAUUAUAAUUACAUAUUAAUUUAUAUAAUACAGCCGUAUGGCAAGAAGUAUUCAUAAUGUGCUUUUACAGCUGAAGUAUAGUUUUGUGAUAUUUCAAGAAAAUGUUCUCGAAUUCAGUAGAUCAAGUAUGAUCAGGUUCAACUUCUCUUCUCCAUAGUAAUGGUAUAAAUGUACUGUAGGAACAUAUGAAAUACAAUGUUAUGUUGUAAAAUGUCACAGCUACUGGAUAUCUGCUGAUGAUAAUUUGUCCACCUAAGCAGGUUGCCUCAAAACCAAGUAGCCUGAUUUGUAAUUAUGAUGUAUCCAAACCAUCAUGAAUUUUCAUGCUUUUUCUGUCCUUCCACAUAUAUGCCAGGGCAAUUUUCUGUGACCAUUUCACACCCCAUGUUUUCUGAUUCACUGUGCAAAGUCUCACACUUAAGCAGACACCAAAUUACACUUGAAUUUGACAGUGCAUACAUAUCGUCCAGGAACACUUCUCUGUGUUCAGUAAACUUAUUGACUCAUAGUUUCUGAUCCCUGCAGGUCAGUUAUAAUUGUUUACAUGUUUUGGACAAAUGAGACUGGAAUGCAUCAGUUAUGCACUCAGUUGUGAUCUUCAGUCUCUCUCAGACCAUGUGAUGAUGGUACUUGUUAUCCCAUUUUUCUUUUACAUGUUUCUGAAUCAGAAGUUUUUCCAUGACAUGUUGUAGCUUUAAUCAUACCAGAUAUUCCUGCUGCAGUUUGGUACAAGAACCUAAUAUUUUAAUGUGUAACUGUAUCAAGUUUAGUGUUCUCUCCUUGAAUCUUCAUGGUUACAUGACACAUCUAGCUUCACACUGUAGUCUGGUAUAGUGGAUACCUGUGUUUCAGAGGGACAUACUGGCUCAAUUUCCAGGGUAGAAGUGAGCAGAGUUGGGAAAGUGACAGACUAUAUAGACAUGUGGGGAAGAAACAAGUCUUAGUCUUCACCGCCAUAAAAACCUUAAGUCUUACAUAUAUGUCUAUUUAUAUCUAGUUGUUUGCGUAGGACAGACCUUUCAUGUUGCCUGUUCUCCAAAUACUGAAUUGUUUCCAUUAAUCCUUAGUUACUCUGAAUACAGUAGAACAAAAGUAAAUGUCUCCUGCCAUACUUAUUGUACUAAAAUGUAGCACACAGUGACUGUCACUCUUAGAACAUCCAGUAACUUGGAUUACCUGAAAAUGUAACGAAACGUUUCCUGUACCCUGUUGCUUUAUCCCAGAAUUAUAAGUAUGGAACACUUAACAGUGUUUAGUAUUUGGAUCUCAGUUUUUGUUCCUAUUGCUGAUUUAUACAAGAUUAAAAUAUAUUUAAUAUGUAAUUAAUAAAUAACAUAUUAGAAGUUGACAUGCUGUUAAAUUUAUUCAAGCAACCAGAGGAUGCUUUGUUGAAAUUAAUCCAAUGCACAGGCAUUUAUAAUACCACUAGUUGCAUUGAAAAGAUGUGUGAUAAAUGUAUGUGUGUCACCUUUGUUAAUAAAUGUAAUCUGCAGACUUCAGUGUGUACACUAAAAUGUCGUCACUGAAGAUAAUGUCAUGGCCAAAGUUUCAGAGCCAUUACACAAUGAAUUUAUAGAGAGCUGGUAAAAAAUUUAAUUCUAGGUUAUAUUAUGUUUUUAUAGUCAAAGUGUUGCCAUAAACAGUAUGUUAUAAUCUAGAAAUUAAAACAGUGAUGUACAAAGUAAAUGUGUUACAGUAAAGGUUUUGACAAAGCUAAGAAACAUUUGUUUUUGUUUAUUAAUUAUAAUUUUAUUGAAGGAAUGUUAGCUUUAAUUUUACCUGUCAAAUCUGAUCUCAUCCCUUACAAAAAAAAAA